AUGUCUCCAUCUCCCCCAACGCAGCCCGUUGACGAGAACCCUCCCCUUGAGGACGGACAAAGAAGCCCUUCUGACUCUCAGGACGUCGCUGCCAUGUCCAAUUCACAAAGGCGUCCUUACGCCGCCAGCAAGACACCAGAGCCUCAUGGAGAUCAGCAGGCAGCGAACUCGGAUCCUCCAGAUACCCCCGGCGUUCUUGACCCCUUUGACUGGGAUGAGUUUGAGGCGCGUUAUGAGAGCGCCCUGCGCGACGCCGACGAGCAUGAGCGCGAAAUCUUGAAAGAGGCCGAGGCCCUCUCCAAGUCACUGAUGCGCAGAAAGUAUUUCAAAGUUUGGGCUUCUGCAGCUUCGGCUCAUGAUGAUGAGCGUGCCGCUAAGCGUCUCCAAACGCGAAGACGCUUUGUGAAUCUAUCAGAAGACAGGAUGGAACGGAAGCAGGAGCACUAUGAUCAGGUUGUGCGCGCCUUUGAAAAUGCCUUGGCUCUCCUCAAAUCACAGCGUCGCGUCCAUGAAAACAAAGACAUGACCCAACAACGUAAUGUGAGCGCAGAAGCUGAGUAUGGAGUGCCGAACGUCUCCAAGGAUGACUUGUUUGCCUUCCAUGAGGCACACUUCUCACAAGCUGCCAUCACUUCCUUUGGGACAACCUUCAUAACCCCCCCAGACCAGCAGCACAUCCAAGAUGACAUGGACUACGAUGCGUGGGAAGAGGAAGACGAUGGUUUGGGUUACUAUCCGGAUGGCGUGAAGCGCACCUUGACAGACGAGCAAAUCGAAAUCUUUCGACAUUCUGAGCUGGAAGCUCUCCGCAAGAAGCAAGCGAAGGAGUCCGACACUAAGAUAGCUGGGUCCUCGGAUGAGCAGAUGGACUUGAGCGAUGACAGUCCUGCACCUACUCCAACUGAAGCAACCUCGUCUGCGCUGCCAACUUCUUUCCAAAGCAAUAAGAAGCGAAAGAAGAAGAAGGGGCUCAAACGCGGGCGGCCUGAGCCAAAGCCGGAUCUGCGAAAACGCACCUGGGAUAUUGUCGACAAAGGAUUAGACUCACUUGACUACGACUGA